CAAUGAAUCAGGACUGAAGCGGUGAUAGGAUGCUGCAGAAGGCGAGAGAGAGCAGAGCGUCGAAACAGGGACUUCCCUUAGCCUCCAUCAUCUGCAGGGAGGGAAACAGGCACUCACACACACUCUGCCUCCCACGUACACACACACACACGCACUCUGUGCUGAGCGCUAGCAGGAGGCUUCACACACAGCUUCUCACGAAAUCCAGACAAAGGAGCGAAACCUGCAGCGAUGGAGGAAAACAUGGACGAAUCCCAGAGCCAGAAAGGCUGUAAGGAGUGCUGCGAGCGAUGCGUCGGCAGUCUGCCCUGGGCGUCGCUCAUCGCCACCAUCUUGCUCUACAUGGGCGUGGCCUUGUUUUGUGGGUGUGGCCACGAGGCUCUGAGCGGCACCGUCACCAUCCUGCAGAACUACUUCGAGGUGAUCCGAGCUCCCGGAGGCGUGCUGGACGUCUUCACCAUCAUCGACAUCCUGAAGUACAUCAUCUACGGCCUCGCCGCCGGCUUCUUCGUGUUCGGAGUGCUGCUGCUGGUGGAGGGCUUCUUCACCACCGGCGCCAUCAGGGAUCUCUACGGAGAGUUCAAGAUCACCGCCUGCGGACGCUGCCUGACUGCUUUCCUCAUGGUUCUGGCCUACCUCUUCUUCCUGGUGUGGCUCGGCGUCACGGCGUUCACCAGCCUCCCGGUCUUCAUGUACUACAACGUCUGGUCCAUGUGUAAGAACGCCACCUCAGUGGAGGGAGCCAACCUCUGCUUGGACCUGCGCCAGUUCGGAGCGGUGACCAUCUCAGAGGAGAGGAAGGUGUGCAUGGGCUCUGAGAAGUUCCUGAACAUGUGCGACUCCAACGAGCUGGACCUGACCUUCCAUCUGUUCGUGUGUGCGCUGGCGGGAGCCGGAGCCGCCGUCAUCGCCAUGGUCCACUUCCUGAUGGCGCUGGCCGCUAACUGGGGCUACCUGAAGGACGCCAGCCGGAUGCAGAAGUACGAAGACAUAAAGUCGAAGGAGGAGCAGGAGCUGCAUGACAUCCACUCCACACGCUCCAAAGAACGCCUCAAUGCCUACACAUAAACCCAGAGCCGCCGGAAACAACACACACUUACCUGUCAGACACACACACACACACACACACACACACACACACAGCGGCUGAUACAAGCCUGAGGACAGCAUAAAUCCAUCAGACAGGAGAAAAACACAGAAAGAAAAGAUGAAAACUCCGACACCAUCAUCGUCCUCGUGUCUGCAGAUCAUUGGCUCUGGUGCUUCUGUUUGUCCUGAGCAGAACCUUUAACCUUUGACCUUUACCAAAUAAAAUCAGCUGAACCUUCUAAAGGUCCCAACGCUUAGCGGCCUGAGCGGCAGAACAAAUUCUUACAGCACAAGAUUUACAGAAACCAGCGAAACAAACCAGAACCUGCGACCCAAAGAGCCGGAGUGCAAAGUUUGUACUGAAGCCCAGGAUCCCGGCAGACAUGGGGACGAGUGUGGUGUCUACCAGCUCAUCAGUAAAUAAGAGCCCCUUCCUUCAACCUGCAGCAGCCACACACACACACACACACACACACACACACACACACAGACAUGUCGAUGUGACUGAAUGGUCGGUGUUGUGCAGGCAGUGUCGUUCGGUGGUGUCAUGCUGUGUCGUGUCCUCUCACCACACUAUGAUGGCGGUGUUGCAGAGAAAAAGGUCCCCGAGUAAAUUUGUGCCUCCUGGGUGCAGAUGGGUUGCUUUGCCAACUCCCCCUCCCCAACCUGUUGCCCCCACCGUCCGGUUCCCCUGAAGUCCAGUUUCACUGGUUGCUCCUUAAAUUCUUGAACUUUCUAAUCGAAAACCAGCAAAAAGACCAGGAUAAAGGCCCAGAUGUAAAAUUGUUGCUUCAUUUAGUGAAACUAUUGAGCAAACGGCAAAUAAAAGUAUUUUAAAAACCUCCACUGAAGCUGGCGCCCCUCCCCGCCCCGUUUCCCCCGGACUGUAAAAACUCGUCGUUGUCUUCAGAGGCAGCACAUCUUAGCAGCACAAAGUCUUUUUGUCCUGAUCUCAUCCGUCCGUUUUCCUCAUGAUUUUAUCCCUUUUGGGGGAUUUUUGAUUAUUUAUGUGUAAUUUUAGCACUGAGGGUAUUUAAGUGGGAGUUCAGGGGUCAGCUGGGAAUAGGGUUUAUGUCACAUGUUCAUGUAAUGAGUCUGUAUUUCAGUGGUUCUGCACACACACACACACACACACACUCAGCUUCUUUCUGUUCUCAACCAGCCCGAAUGUGACCAAAUGUCCUCAGUAAGUUAGAAAACCACCGAUGUGAGCAGUAAGCACGUCACCUGGAGUCGACCCGAGGCCCGACCCAGUUUGGGUUUCUGCAGGAUUUGAGUCCCAGAACAUCCGUCCGAGCGAAGAGAAACCGUUCAGGAAGGAUUUGCUCUACUGCGGCUUUUUGUGGUUUUACAACUUCUUUGGUGUCUUACAUAAUCUCCUCAGGUGCUUCAGAGCUGGGAAGCUGUAAUCUGGAUGAUGUGGGACCGAAUCAGAUGUUUGAGAUUUUGACUUUUAAAUCAACUUCUCACAUUAAAUUUGUCCAGAGCCGCUCAGUCUCUGUGAGAUGCAGCGUUUUCAGCUCCUCAGACUAGAUAGAAGAAUUUCGCUUUGUGUUUUCGAGGCUGUUUGGGUUUGUUUGCGUCGGGACGGUGAUGAGUCUCUAUCUGCCAGUAGAGAUGAGCCAGAUUGGUUUCUGAUUGGGCAAACGAUGCAAACCCCAAGAAAUGAAACAGAAAAACUGCACACACAGGAAACGGAAGCAAAAGGUCAAAUGUUGCAAUUAGCAAAAACAGCAAGUAUGAAACCUCCAGGCCACCAGGGGGAGUCUGACUAUUACGUAAAUCUGCUGCUGUUCUGCCAUUUUAUAAAAGACAUGACGGUAACGCAGCUUUUCUUUAUUCCUGCAACUUUCUGCUGUACAUCUCGUCUCUGGUUGCAGGUGAUCUGGUGGCCGGCUCCCUCUGGUGGCCUGGAGGGCUGACGUUCAGUGACACAGCGUUUGGUACUUCCUGCCGUUUCUGAUAUUUUCCCGGUUUGGUUCUUUUCCUGAGGUUGCAUCAUUUUGUUUUUACUGUUUCGAUGUGAGAAUCACUCGCCUGCAGCUCGUUUCGAAGCUUCCUGCGUGUUCGCAUGCAGCCUUCGCAUUUUCAGUUUGUCUUCAGAAAGAGGAAGGUGACGUCAGUUUGAUUUGGUCAGACACACACACACACACACACACACACACACACACACACACACACACAC